CACAGGCAGGAGCCACAGGCCCCCGCAGUCACUGGCCACCGGGAGCUUCGGAGCAUCAACGGUAACGAUGACUUCUCUGCUUCUGCUGUGUGUGUCUUUGCCCUUCAUCUUGGCAACAACAUCAUUUCGACACCAUGACGGCUUGGAUGGCACACUGCGUGUCAGCAUCCCCAUGGAGGUGCCUCUCCGCCCCCUGCUGGGUGGCAAGGUGGUGGUGCCCUGCUAUUUCCAGGACAACACCGCCAGAGACCCUGCUGCACCGACCACAGCCCCGCUCUCCCACCGCAUCAAAUGGAGCUUUGUCACUAAGGAGAACGUUACCACUAUCCUGGUGGUGUCGGAGGGGAAUGUCCACGUGGAGACGGAGUACCUGGACAGAGUAACAAUGGUCAACUACCCGCUGGUGUCCACAGAUGCCAGCCUGGAGAUAACGGAGCUGAGGUCCAAAGACUCGGGCACCUACCGCUGUGAGGUGAUGCACGGCAUCGAGGACAACUACGACACCGUGGACAUCCAGGUUCAAGGUAUUGUAUUCCACUACCGAGCCAUCACCACCCGGUACACCCUUAACUUUGAGAAGGCCAAGGCAGCUUGCAUCCAAAACAGUGCCACCAUCGCCACCCCAGCCCAACUGCAGGCCGCCUACGAUGAUGGAUACCACCAAUGUGAUGCCGGCUGGCUGUCUGAUCAGACUGUUAGGUACCCCAUCCAUGAGCCGCGGGAGGAAUGCUACGGAGACAAGGAAAACUUUCCUGGUGUGAGAACCUAUGGCGUGAGAGACGUAAAUGAGACUUACGACGUGUACUGUUUUGCAGAGAAGAUGGCAGGCAGAGUCUUCUACUCCAUGUCGGUAGAGAAGUUCACCUUCGACGAAGCUGAGGAUCAGUGCACCAAACUGGGCGCCAGGCUCGCCACCACCGGAGAGCUUUACCUGGCCUGGAAGGGUGGUAUGGAUGUGUGUAAUGCCGGUUGGUUGGGAGACAGGAGCGUACGUUACCCCAUCAACAUUGCCAGACCUCAGUGUGGAGGCGGGCUCCUGGGAGUUAGAACAGUCUACCUGUUCCCCAACCAGACGGGAUACCCCAUCCCGAGCUCUCAUUAUGAUGCUAUCUGCUUCCAAGGCAGUGACGAUGAAGGUGCAGUUCCCGGGAGGAUCACUCCUUUCCCAGACAUCAUGAGCAUAACCCCAGCACCUGGAGUUUAUCCAGGCCUCACAAGCCCCCUUGGGGGUCAGGAGAUCAAGCAUGGCGGUGUGGACAUUCUCACCAAGCCUAUCUCACCUCCUUUUACAGACGCCACCAUGGCUCGCACCGGUGUGGUGUUCCACUACCGACCUAUUAGUGGUCGGUACACGCUAACCUUUCUGGAGGCCCAAGAGGUCUGCAAAAGUAUUGGAGCAGUCAUCGCCAGCCCUUUGCAGCUGCAGGCGGCCUUUGAAAAAGGCCUGCACCAGUGUGACGCUGGUUGGCUAGGUGACCAGAGCGUUAGGUAUCCCAUCGUCUCCCCCCGAGAUAAUUGUGCUGGUAACCUGCUGCACCUACCAGGAGUCCGAUCCUACGGUCUGAGGCCAGACACAGAACGUUAUGAUGUAUUUUGUUAUGUCGAACAUCUGCAAGGUGAAGUCUUCUUCACCAGCGAUUAUGACAGCUUCUCCUUCGAGGAGGCCGUGCUGCACUGUGAGAAACUCAACAGCACACUGGCCACAACAGGGCAGCUGUACGCCGCAUGGAACCAAGGCCUUGACAAGUGCCGCCCUGGGUGGCUGAUGGACCGCAGUGUCCGAUAUCCCAUCACAACCCCCAGAUCCCACUGUGGGGGAGGCCAGGUGGGCGUGCACAUCAUCUAUGCUUUUCCCAACCAGACAGGCUUUCCAGAUGAGCACUCCCGCUACGACGCCUAUUGUUUCAAAGCUGAACGACCCGCCAUUGAAACUGACAGCGGAACAACCAUUGACACUGACAGUGAAACCACCACUGACACUGACAGCGAAACCAUUUUCGACAAGUUACUGACAGUUGACGUCAUCAGCAAGACAACGGUUGCAGUUGAUCAUGCCACUCCCACUAUUGAACCUACUGUGGAUUACAAUGACACUGAAAGAGGUCUAAACAUCACAGAAAUAGAAGAGGUUAUCCAAAAGACAAACAUCACAACUCAGCUAAUUGCGCCUACUGUCCCAGUUGAUGGUUCUGCCUCUGGAUCAGGCGAUCAUUCAGCCAGUGGGGAUAUCUCAGGGGAGUCCAGCACCACCAGCGGGAGUGGAGCCUCUGGUUCGGGACUAGACAUCACCUUCAGUGGACACACAGACAUCCUGUCAGGAGACCAUUCAGCCUCUGGUGAUCCACAAGGAGCAGAGGGUGGCAGCACAAUAUUCACCUCGGGAGAUUCCUAUAGUGCAUCAGCAUCUGGAUCUGGUUUUGUUGUAUCAGGAUCAGGUUCUGCCAGUGGCAGUGGAGACAGUGGCUAUGGAGCUGACAUUGUGAUCAAUAUACUGGAUAGAAAAGAGAAAGAACUGUUGAUCCCAACCAUCACUGAGCAGGAGUUAGAUAGCGGAGUCUUGUGGACUUCAGGUAUGUCCGGAGCAGGAAGUAUAUCCGGAUCAGGAACUAUGUCCGGAUCAGGAAGCAUGUCUGGAUCAGGAGGUAUGUCUGGGUCAGGCAGUGGAUUUUCUGGUAUCACCUUUACGGACAACGGUUCCAUUGACCUAACAGUUCAGCAAUCAGGAGAGCAGGAGUUGUAUGGUUCCACUGUAAUGUCCGGAUCAGGAUCUAUGUCCGGAUCAGGUUCUUUGUCUGGGUCUGGCAUCAGUGGAUUUUCUAGCAUCAUCUUUACAGACAAUGAUGCCAUUGACCUAACAGUUCAGCAAUCAGGAGAACAGGAGUUAUACGGAUCUGCUGAAAUGUCUGGAUCAGGAUCUAUGUCCGGAUCAGGCUCUUUGUCUGGGUCAGGCAUCAGUGGAUUUUCUGGCAUCUCCUUUACGGACAACAGCGGCAUUGACUUAACAGUCCAGCCAUCAGGAGAGCAGGAGUUGUCUGGAUAUCAUCCCUUUACAACGGGAUACCCCAGUGGCUCUCCAAGUGGUUUUGCAUCUGGUGUUUCGGGCAGUGGCUCCGCCUCUGGCCAACCUUCACAGACGGACAGUGACAUCAUCUUUCUAACAGAUGACAGGAUAAAGGAAGUUACCAUUUCUCCCCAGGAGCACCACCCAGAAGAGGGUCGUGGCAUUAUAGAAAUAAGCGGCCAGGAAAGUGGUUCUGGAAUCCAUCUUCAAAUCUCAGGCAGUGACAGGCCGUCAACUGCUGGACUUUCUAUAGCUUUUCCUCCUGGAUCUACCAUGACCUACCCAGACUACAAUGGACCAUCAGGGCACGAGGAGGAGGAGGUCAUCGUUCUGACUCCAGGCCCUGCCUAUAUCAGCCCGACCACUGCACCGACAAUUUCACUGGCAACCCCUCCUGUUGUGGAGCAGCCAGAAGUAGAAGAGGUUGUGCAUGGUUGUCCCGAGGGCUGGUUGGAGUUCAUGGGAAGCUGUUACCUCCACUUUGCUGACAGACACACCUGGUCAGAUGCUGAGCAGCGUUGCCAGGAGCUCAAUGCCCACCUGGUCAGCAUCAGAUCUGAAGAGGAGCAGCUGUUUCUAAACUCCAAAGGUCAGGACUAUGAGUGGAUAGGUCUCAAUGACAAAGACGUUCAGAAUGAAUUCCGUUGGACAGACAGCAGUGCUCUGACAUACGAGAACUGGAGGCCCAACCAACCUGAUAACUACUUCAACUCCGGGGAGGACUGCGUGGUCAUGAUUGGGCAUGAGGGAGGCCAGUGGAACGACGUUCCCUGCAACUACUACCUUCCCUUCUCAUGCAAGAGUCAACCCGCGGGGUGCGGAGCGCCCCCGGAGGUGGAGCACGGCUCACCAAUGGGCGUCAGCCGAGAUCACUACGCCGUCAACUCCAAAGUGCGCUACCAGUGCCAAGCGGGCUACACGCAGCGCCACAUGCCUAUCAUACGUUGUAUGGAGAACGGACAGUGGGAGAGGCCACAAGUGGAAUGUACAGAAACAGCCGGCGGCAGCGGCAACAGGCUACACAGAAGAUCGGUGAAGAGCAGAAGUCGAGGAGUCAGCAGCCGACGGGAGCACAGGAAGAUGCUCUGAGCAGGACUGAAUGAAACACAAGUGAGAUUCACAAAAGGACCCCUCUCGUGGACACCGAUGCUAAUGCCCGACCAAAAAUGAAAGCAU